GCGUGUGAGCAAAGUUUGGGGCUGUGAUUUUCGGAUGCACUAUUUUGUGCAAACUUGCGAGAUUCCAGCACAGAGUAGAAGAGCUAGUUGGUGUGAAGAAGCCAGCCCGGAUAGGUAGUUUUUGAGAUCACUGCAUGAAGCUGGGAAACACUUUUCGGGACCGGUUGAAGACCUAUCUCGGUGUUUAGUAGUCCCCCAGGUAGUGCACGGCCACUCGACACAAAGCUCAAGUUGCUGGUUAGCUUGCUAGCCGUAGCAUUAUCCAUCUAGUUGAAGAGCUAGCUAGCAGCACUGAGCAGCCUGCCUUCCGCCGACGUGCACUUCCCCCACUCUCCCUCCAGCCGGCUCGCCGCAGCGUUAGUCCGGUACAUAAAAUGAAGCGACCAUCAGCGUUUUGGGAAGCUGUGUGGCUGUUUGGAUUUUGCUGAUGUAUGAGGAGACGAUAUUGUUUUUGUGAGAUCUCUGUCAAGGAGGUCAAUAUCAGCACGGGGGAUGGACGAGCAGAAAUCAAACUGUGAAGAGAGUGAGUCGGAACCAACAGCUGAUGACAAUGCCCCUGCAAAGCAGCUUGUCUCCUCUGAGGGGGAGUCUAAAGCCCUUCCUGCUGCUGAAGACGUGUCUGGUGUUACUGCAGCCUCUUCCAGCACACCUGUAGAGAGUGUUCGAGCAUGUGCUCUUUGCAACUGUGUGGAGCGCAGCCUGCAUGGACAGCGGGAACUGAGACACUUUGGGCCAACUUCUGAGCAGGUGACCCUCAAGCCAUCAGCUUCCCCACUGCCACAGCCUGGGAAUGAUGACCUGUCUUCCAUUGGAUUUUCUGACUCUCCCUGUGUGGCGGCGCUCUUUGACGACUCAGGGGGAUUUUGGGUUCAUCAUUGGUGUGCGGUGUGGUCAGAGGGAGUGAAGCGGAUGGAGAAUGAGGAGCUGGAGAAUGUGGAUAAGGCUGUUAUCUCAGGGACACAGCGGCUUUGCGAACACUGCAAAAGGCUGGGUGCAACCAUUCGAUGCCAUGCUGAGGGCUGCUCACGGUUCUACCACUUCCCCUGCGCGGCAGCGAGUGGAUCUUUCCAGUCCAUGAAACAGUUGGUCCUCCUCUGUCCGGAGCACAUAGACAAGGCAGAGGAGUUGGCGGGUGAAGAGGCUUGGUGUGCAGUGUGUGACUCAGCGGGGGAGCUCACAGACUUGCUGUUCUGUACGGGUUGUGGCCAACAUUAUCAUGCUGCCUGUCUGGAGAUUGGUGCCACGCCCAUUCAGCGGGCAGGAUGGCAGUGCCCAGAGUGUAAAGUGUGCCAGACUUGCAGACAACCAGGAGAAGACUCCAAAAUGUUGGUAUGUGAUGCCUGUGAUAAGGGCUACCACACCUUCUGUCUCCAGCCAGCCAUGGAUUCUCUACCCUCGGACCCAUGGAAAUGCAGAAGGUGUCGCGUAUGUACGGAGUGUGGUGUCCGUGGACUUGUGCUGCCAGGUUUGGCCCAGUGGUUUGACAACUACGCCGUGUGUGAAGGCUGCCAGCAACAACGCAGCUCUGUGUGUGGCGUGUGCAGCAGAGCUGCCAAUCCAUCUGUCGCUCUGCAGUGCUGCAGCACGUGCCACAGGUGGGUGCACAGUGAGUGUGCUUCACCGGGGGAGCUUCCAGAAGCCAAGUGCAUCUGCCUGCUUUGCAAGCAGGACCAGCAGCAGCUGCCUGCCACUCAAGCAUGCAAAGCAGAGAUACAAACCAGAGAGGCAUCUGAGGAGACUGAAGGACAUGUACAUUUGGUGGAGAUGACAAUCCAAACUGAUGCAGAUAUGACGACGGAAGAGCAGACGGACAUAUCUGAGGUGACACCAAGCGAGAGAGGCACAUCAGUGACGGGUCAGGCUGAAGCCACGGUUGACAAAGAAACACCCAUGGAGUUGGGGCCACAGAAGCAGGAGGCCAGUCCUUUAGUGGAACAAGAAGUAUCACCAGAGUUAUUAAAGGACACACAAGAGGCCCUCUCUGCUGUGGACAUGGAGGGCAGGCUACUACCUCACUCAGAGGAGGAGGACGAAGACGAAGAGGAUGAUGAGAACUUGAGAGAAGGGCAUAUUAUAGACAUUAAGCAGGAACCGCUCGAGCAUGAGACAAAGCCAGAAUUGCUGCUGGAUGAGAUGUCCAUUAUGAGCCAUGGAGAUGAGAGCAGCAGUGGCUUUCUGGGCUCUCCUGGAGAACCUGAUCCUCAGAACUCCAUGGAGUUCGGCCUUAUGCCUGCUGGACGCUCACACCCAGAUAACCUGCUCACAGAGACUGAUGACUCACUUCCCUUUGAACCCCUCAGAAGUGACAGAGAGAAGGUGAAACGCAGAGGAUCCCCAGGCCGCUCACGGGUCAAACAGGGGCGAAGCAAUAGUUUCCCGGGGAAGCGUAGACCUCGAGGGGGUAGUGUAGGGAGAGGGCGUGGUGGGAGGUCACGCCUCAAAGCCAUGGCCUCUUGCAUCGAUGCCUUCUUGCUAAGCAUGACUACAGACACUGGAAUAAAUAAGGAGGAAGACGAUGAGGAAGAUGACACCAUGCAGAACACAGUGGUUCUUUUCUCAAACACUGAUAAAUUUGUCCUGCUCCAGGAUAUGUGUGUUGUGUGUGGCAGUUUUGGAAAGGGUACGGAGGGGCAGUUACUGGCAUGUGCUCAGUGUGCCCAGUGUUACCAUCCUUACUGUGUGAACAGUAAAAUCACCAAGACGAUGCUCCGUAAAGGCUGGCGCUGUUUGGAAUGUAUUGUGUGUGAGGUCUGUGGAAAGGCUUCUGACCCUUCCCGUCUGCUGCUGUGUGAUGACUGUGAUGUCAGCUAUCACACCUACUGCUUGGACCCGCCCCUGCACACAGUACCCAAGGGUGGUUGGAAGUGCAAAUGGUGUGUGUGCUGUGUACAGUGUGGUUCCAGCUCACCGGGUUUCCACUGUGAGUGGCAGAACAACUACACCCACUGUGGCCCCUGUGCCAGCCUCGUCACCUGUCCAGUAUGCAGAGAGAACUUUAUGGAGGAGGAGCUGCUGCUGCAGUGUCAGCACUGCGAUCGAUGGGUCCAUGCUGUCUGUGAGAGUCUGUACACAGAGGAUGAGGUGGAACAAGCUUCUGAUGAGGGCUUUGCAUGCACAUCAUGCACCCCAUAUGUUCCAAAACCUGUGGUAGUAGAGUCAGCCAUUAUGGCUUCCAUAAAAAUCAAAGAGCCAGAGCCCCAGUUCUACCGGUUGGAGGGUGUAUGGUUGACAGAAUCAGGAAUGUCCCUGCUUCGCAGCAUCUCCAUGUCUCCCCUGCACAAGAGACGGCAGCGUCGCUCUCGUCUUGGUACCCUGUGUUGUGAAGGAGGUUCUGAUGGAAUGGACCUGAGGGAAGUUGAAGGAGAGGGGGAUGAUGGAAAAGGCUGUGGGGAGCCCAUGGACUGUGACUCUAAGAUGGAGAACCCUGGGAGCCCUGACAGAGAAGGUGGUGCAGAGGGAGGCACUGAAGGCAUGGCUGACUGCGAGGGUCUUAAAGGGGGGGCAGAGGAGACAGAAGACGGCAAAAAAAGAAAGCGGAAACCCUACAGGCCUGGAAUUGGAGGCUUCAUGGUGCGACAAAGAAAGUGUCACACACGAAUGAAGAAAGAAUUUUUUGCCCAGCUGGCUGGAGAGACUACGCUAGAUGGACAUCCAAUAGAGAGAACCAUUGAGGAAGGACCUCACCCUGACAUUGAUAACAUAAUGGAUCCCAAACCAGUGGAAGGUGAGGAACAGGCCAAGAAACGUCGGGGCCGUAAGAAGAGCAAACUUGAGGACAUGUUUCCAACUUAUCUCCAGGAAGCUUUCUUUGGAAAGACACUCAUAGACUUGAGUAAGAAAGCUGUGAUACCUCCUGGGCAGAGGCCAGGGGCAUGUUUGGUCCGACCUUCAUUAUCAGCACCAUCAGGGGUCAAAACUACUUCCCCAGAAACUGAGGCCAAGGAUUGUGUGGUGGAAGAAAAUUUUCCUGUCAAGCAAGAAGGGGGUGACGCCCACCAGGCUCAGGGAGAAGGUGCAGGAGUUUCUGCACCAUCCUCAUCUCUCAAGGACCAGGUAUCAACUGAUCCUCAUGACUCUGAUGCAGAAAAAAGUGAAGGUCUUCCGCAAGGGGUGGAGAGUCAGGACUCUGAGCAGUUCUUCAGAAAGGUUCUGGGAGUGUCAGAUGGCUCCUCUUUGGGGGGCAUGAAACCCAUCUUGGAGGGCAGUAAGGGAGAACUCAAUCGUAGCACUCUGCCGCAGAGAUCUCUCCUCUCAGGGUCUCUGCCCUCAGCUGGAAUGAUGGAUGCCUUUCCUGGCCUCUCUCAGUCACCGUUCUUUGACAUGCGGGACCGAGGAGGGCUGUUCAGUCCAGAUGGGGGUGAGGAGAGCCCAUGGGCUACUCCUUCAACCCCCGCAACUCCUUCCUCCCCACCAACCCCCACUGAGACCGAGGGUGAUGGGCUGUCAUAUAACCAGCGUAGUCUCCAGCGCUGGGAGAAAGAUGAGGAGCUGGGUGAACUCUCAACCAUUUCCCCUGUGCUUUAUGCCAAUACCAACUUUCCCACUCUCAAACAGGACUACCCAGACUGGGCUAGUCGCUGUAAGCAAAUCAUGAAGAUCUGGAGGAAGGUGUCAGCUGCUGACAAGGUUCCAUAUCUGCAAAAGGCCAAAGAUAACCGGGCAGCUCAGAGGAUCAACAAGGCACAGAAGCAGGCAGAGAGUCAGGUGUGCAGGCCAGUCAAGAUGGAGCCAGGGCGUGUAAAGGGAGAACGGCCCAAUUUACACCUCCAGAUCCCUCCACCUUCAGGCUCUACGUCCAUCUCUUCCCAGCCCAGCUCUGCAGGAAGCCCAUUUCCUUUCCCUCCAGAUUCAGGAUCAUCUUCUGUCUUUUUCUCAGAUGGACCUGUUAAGACCCCAGGGUCAGCUGAAAUCCGGACAGAUCCCUUAGCUAAGCUUCCUCCUCAGUCACCCCAUUCUCACUCCCACCCAACCACACCCUUCUCCUAUGCUGGGGCCAGCCCCUUACAGGCCUCUUCCUCAGGUUAUUCCGCUUCCGGCCCACAGGGUCCUCCUCAGGGACGGCCAGCCAGUCUUGGCCCCUUUGACAUGCAACCAGGAACUCCUGGAACCCCCAGACGGGCUCAGCAGGUUGACCCCUACUUCAGAUCCCAGCUGCAGCAGCAACAGGGUCAUUUACCACAAUCACAGCAAGGCUCUCAAGAGUCCCUUGGACCUCCAGAAAGUCCUCAUUCAAGAGGUACUGGGCUUGGGGAGUCACCUAUCUUCUCACCAACCCACAAUGCCCACUAUGGAGACCCUUUCAGAACCCAGCAAGGAAUGGGACGGCCAGAAUAUGGUUCAUCCCCAUCACCCUCUGCAGUGGCAUCCUCACCUGCAAGCACAGGGCAGUACAGGGCUGAUAUGAGUGCACCUUCUCCUCGCUCCUCUGCAAUUGGAAGAUCUGACUUAGCCACUGGCUCCCCUGCAGGGAUGCUGGAGUCUGGGGAUGGUUUAUUCAAGGCACCUAUGACACCACGAAUGCACCAAGGGGAAGGUGGGGCACUUCAUCCUGGAGCUUCCCCUAGCCAUCCCUCUGAAGGCUACAGGCAGUCUCCUUCUCACCCUUUUUCUGACCCUCACACUCAGCCACCAUUAACUCCAAGACCGCAGUCAGGUGAUAAUUGUUCUCUUGGGCCCCAGAGACACCCUGUAGCGCAACAGGAACUAUGCCCUAGAGUGCCCUCCAGCCCACAAUCCCAGGGCAGCUCUCAGUCUCCCCACACUCCUGGUGGCCUCUCCAAUGAUGCUUACUCUGUCCAGUCUCCUGCUACCCCUCGUUUCCAGUCUCCAGACAAUUGUUCUCAGCCACCUUCAAGACCACAAUCUAGAGACGCUUUUGCUACUAUCCACAAACCACCUCGUCCCAUCUCUGUAGCCCCAGAGGGAACUACAAGUUUCAAAGGCUCACCUCAUCCUAACCAACCACCCCCACCCCAUCCCACCAACAGUUCCAUAGGGGAUCCUCUCUCUGGUAAAUUGUCAGCACCUCCUCCCUUCAGCCGCAGCCCUAGCACGGGAGGCUUUCCAAUAACACAACAGCAGAAUCAGAUGGUUCAGGGUCAGCUACAGCAACCACAGCCACAAACUCAACAGAUUACAGGAACAGACAGCUUCAGCUCUAAGGGGCCACCUUCCUCUGGAUCUCAAGAAUUAACAGCUGGACGUCCUCCAGACACACCUCAUCAGCCAGCUUUGCCAGUCACUCAAGAAAUACCUGACAUUUCAGCAGUGCAGGACCCUGCAUUAGUGGGUCUUAGCCCCUCUGAGCUGGAGAAGCACAGACAGCGCCAGAGACUAAGGGAAUUCUUAAUCAGACAACAAAUGCAGAGAAACUCCAUUAGACAAGAAAAGGAGGCGGCUGCUGCUGCUGCUGGCAGUGCAUCUCCUGGCUGGUCUGGAGGAGAGAUGGGUACCUUUCAACAAGACAAAGCCCACAGAGCACCACCACCUUAUCCACAGGAACGUGUUGCUGUCACUACUGCUGGGGCUCAGGCUACUGUGGUAGGAAAGAUGCACAUGGCUACUGGAGGCAUGGAGGACAAGCUAAUUCGCCCACCACCUACAGGAACCCCUGCCAUCAUGGAUCCUAGUGCACUAAGGCCAUCAGGGCCCACCAAACCUCAGGGCAUGUUUGCCCGUCCACCAUUCCCUCCUCAGUGGCAGGGCCAAGCUCCAGGUCCAAGGAGGUUCCCUCAGCCUGGCAUGGAGGCUAUGGGCGUAAGACACAAUCUAAACCCUGCUGUCAACAUCCAGGGUAUGGAAGGCAUGGGCAACCCUCACGCCAUGAUACCGGGACAUGGUGGAGAGACUAUGCAGCCUAUGGGUCAGGGACCUCCACCACAGUUCAUUGAAUUGAGACACAACUCACAGAGGUUGCCCCUGCGACCCCAGUUUAUGCCCCGUGGACCCCAGCCCAGACCACGUCUCUUUGUCUCACAACAAGAGAUGGCAGCACCUUAUGUACAGCAGCAUCCUAUCGCUCAAGCUGUUGGCAUUCAAGCAGAGGGAGGCACUGACUCACAGUUGGGGUUACAGCAGGGUGGACUGUCAGUUUUAUUGCCUCAGCAGUCUGCAGGCCCAGUAACACAACAGGCCCACCUGCAGCCUCAGGCAGCUACUUUGACUUCCAGCACUCCUAGCUCUGAGCAGCACCAGCUUCCACAACCAAACCUAGUCACAGAACCCCAGUCUACCACAGUGGAAAACAGUGAAGAACUGCCAGAGCCUGACCUUGAGGGGCUUGGGGAUGCCACUGGGGAUGGAGGUGUGGAGGAUGAGGAUGAUUUGGCUCUUGACUUGGACCCAGACAAAGGAGAUGAUGACCUAGGAAACCUAGACAAUCUUGAAACCAACGAUCCACAUCUAGAUGAUUUACUUAACAGUGAUGAGUUUGACUUGCUGGCUUACACUGACCCUGAACUUGACCAAGGAGACCCUAAAGAUGUCUUCUCAGACCAGCUGCGGUUGGUGGAAGCAGAAAGUGAAACACCUUCAUCUUCCUCUGGAUCUGUACUUGUUAAAGUGGAAGGGAAGCCCAAGGCAGAGCCAGGACAAAAGUCUCUCUCAACAACCCCUACUACUGCAAGUGGGUCUACCUCCCAACUGGCACCUUCGGUAGAAAUUGCAGAUAUCUCUAAAGUCAAAGUUGAAGACAGAGGUCUGACCACUCAGCUACAGCCUGGACAGACUGUUGUGAAAGAUGAAAUGGGAGAAGCUGUGUCAAUGCUUCUUGGUGGGACCACACCAUCAGCCAAGCCUGCACAACCAGAAAACCAGUCAGCUUCACUCAGUUCUGUUCGAUUAGGGGGACUUCCAUACCCCUUGCCAGGUCAGGCUGAUCCAUCGCCUUUUCCUGCAGCUGCUCCACAUGCAGAUAUUGGUGAUGAUCCUCUGGGGCUGCCUGACGUAGGUGGACAGCACUCCCCUGCUGUAGAUUUGGCAAAGGUAGAAAGUUCUUUGGAUGGUGAAUUGCCUCUUCUAAUACAAGAUCUGCUGGAGCAUGAGAAGAAGGAACAGCAAAAGCAACAACAGCAGCAACAGCUUAGCUCCCUCCACCAGGGAGCCAUGGCACCUCAUUUUCCUGGCCUCCCAAGUCAACAGCCAAACCCACAGGCACCUGGACAGAUAAUGCUACCACAACACCACCGCCCACCUACCCAAGGAAUGAUGGCUCAACCAGGGAUGGUACCCCGUGCUCCACAUAUGUUGCAGCAGCAGCAAAGACUUAUGGGUCCAGGAAUGGUUCCUCCAGCUCACAUGGCCAUGGCCCAGCAGCAAGCCAUGAUGAGAAUGGGGCAGCCAGUAAUGCAUGCAGGUCUCAGUCAACAACAGCAGCCACAACCAGUGGUUAAACAGCCACCUCUGGCCAACAAUUUCUUCCCAGAUAAGGAUUUAGACAAGUUUUCUACUGAUGUCAUCAUGGAUCCCAUUGCCAAGGCAAAGAUGGUGGCACUGAAGGGUAUCAAGAGAGUGUUGGCUCAGGAUCCGAUGGGUGGUCCCCCUGGCAUUAACAGGCAACAAGUUUCUCUGCUUGCGCAGAGGCUGGCUUCUACUCCAGGCACAGAUCCAAGUCAACUUUCGGCUGGACCUCCAAAGGAGGGAGAAACAAGUGAUCCCACCCAGUCAAGACCUAACCCUCCCCAAUUUGUGCAAGGAAUCAUCAAUGAUGCAGAACAGCACCAAUAUGAAGAAUGGCUUCUUCAUACCCAGCAGUUACUCCAGAUGCAAUUAAAAUUUUUGGAGGAACAGAUUGGAGUUCAUCGCAAAUCACGCAAGGCACUGUGUGCCAAGCAGCGCACUGCUAAGAAAGCUGGCAGGGAGUUUGCUGAGGCAGAUGCAGAGAAACUCAAGUUGGUGACAGAAGAGCAGAGUAAAAUUCAGAAACAGCUUGAUCAGGUACGCAAGCAGCAGAAGGAGCACACCAAUCUUAUUGCAGAGUACAGAAGCAAGCAGCAGCAGCACCAGCAAGGCUCAGGUCUUCUUACCCCAGGUCAUUCUGCCCAGGGCGGCCCACCUCACAUGUUUCCCAAGAUGCCCGCCCAGAUGAUGAUGGGCCAACAGGGGACACCAGUAAUGAGCCAGCACCCUGGCAUGGUGCCCCAAGGUGGGAUGCCUGUCAGGAUGCCCCAAGGGCAGCCCUUUAUUGGUGGAAACCAACCCCAGCUCCCUGCAGCUCUUGGAGCCAGUGGUGCCAGGGCCCCGGUUCCUCCUGGGGCUCCAACAGGAUUCUUCCCGCAGGGACCUGGAAUGCAGGGUGCAGAUCCCAGGCUUCUCCAAGAAAGGCAGCUUCAACAUAGGAUGCAGAUGGCAAAGCUCCAGCAACAACAGCAGCAGCAGCAGCAGCAGCAGGUGAUGAUGGGCCAGCAAUCAAUGCCACACCCAGGUCAACAGUCUGCCUUAAUAGCUCAGCCACAGCCUGGUAUAAUGGGGAACCAACUUAUUGCCCAACAGCAAGCAAACACUCAACAGGGGAUGUUAGCCAAUCAGGCCAAUCAACAGAACAUGGUGCAGGUUCCACAAGGAAUGGUUGGAGGCCAGUCUGUUGGUCCACAGCCACAGAACCUUGUAGGAGGCCAUCCCAUUAACCAUGCUCAAGCCAUGAUGGUAGCUCAACCAGGAAUUAUGGGGAACCAGCCAGUUGCACCACAACAACAACAGAGGCCUCAGCUGAUUAUGGGUCAGCAUGGAAUGGUUGGAUCUCCAGGUCAUCCGGGCCUCAGGGGUCCCCAGGUCCAGUUGACUCCACAACAACAGAACAUUCUGGCCCAACGCAUGCUCGCUUCACAACAGCAGCAACAGCAACAGCAACAGCAGAAUGUUGUAAAGAAUUUGGCCCACCUUCAGCAGCAGCAAAUGGCACAGCAAAGACAACCAACACAAUUGAUCAGUCAGUCCAACCAAGAGCAAGGACGGCUCUCACAGCCUUCGACACCACAGAUGGGUUCUUCACCUUCAGCAGGAAGUAUGACGCCCCAGCCACAGGGAUCUAUAGACAGCCAAAACUCAGGUCCAAAAGAGGGUGGGAUUCUUAGCCCUGAUACACGAACGUCACCACAGCAAAGUGGACCAUCCACCCCCAAUCAGUUGCCCCAACAUGUCUCUGCAAAUGAUCAUCAAACUGACUUGGGUCGACAGCAGUUACAACAGCAGCAACAUCAAAACCAGGUUUAUAUGACCCAACAACAACAGUCAAAUCCUCAGUCUGAGCAACAAUCAGGUUUGGUUGUAAACCAGCAGACUGGUGUGCUUCAGCAACAGCAGCAACAGAUUCCACUCACUCUCCAGAGGCAAGGUUCAGUCAAUGCUGAGAAGCCCAAUGUGAUGACCAUUAAAGAGGAAGGAAAACCAACUGAUUUCUUAGUUCAGCAGCAACAACAAACAGUUCAAAAUGCCAUGCAGCAGUCACAAGAUCCCAGCGUCCAGCAGCAGAUCAUAGGACAGAACCAUCCUGGACAGCCACAGCCUGUUGUGAUGGGCCAUAAUCCACAACAGCAAGCCCUCAUGGCCCAGCAGCAAAAACAACAGGCCAUGAUGGGCAUGAUUCGAGCCCAGCAGCAAGGGAUGAUGGCACAGAGGCCUGGGGUUCCACCUGGACAGAUCCGCACCUCUAUAAACAUCCAGGCUAUUAUUGCUCAGAAUCCUCAGCUCCGCAAUCUUCCCCAAAACCAGCAGAUACAGCAUAUCCAGGCCAUAAUUGCUCAGAGACAAGCCCAACUUCAACAGGGACAGAUGCUGCGGAUGUCAAUGGGUCAAGGCCAGCACGGUCAGUUGAGGCCUCACAUGCCACCUGGACAGGUGCCGCAAGUUGGGCAGCAGAUGUCAAGGAUGGACGGCCAGCAGAUGCUGUAUGGAGCCAUGGGGAAGCCAGGAACAGUGGGCACUCAGCCACAGUCAGUCAUGUUAGGCCAACAACCUAGUGUUGCUCCUCAGAUACAGCAGGGGAUGAUGGUCCCUGGGCAACAACAGCCGCAAGUAGGGGAGAUGAUGCAGCAACAUAUUAUAAGAGGCCAGGUACCAGUGCCACGGUCCCCCAUGGACCAGGGUCGUAUGGUAAGGCCAACAUCUCCACGCCAGCCAUUAGCCAACUCGCCGGGGGAUCCACAACGGCACACAUUCAACCAAGCUAUGGGGAUGCGCCCACCCACUCCCAACCAGAACCAACAACAAGCUCUAAUGGCAGCUGCAGCAAGCCGCAUGCAGGGCUCUCCAUCCAAUGCAUAUUCUCCAAGAGGUCCCUUCGGCAUGAGCCCAGUCCAUCCAGCCUCACCCCAUUCAUCUAAUGUCUCUUCACCUUCCAUAGCUGACAGCAGGGCUGGAAGGGGGAGUCCAUACAGCCAAGUCAAGGUAUCUCCGCUCAGGUCACCUGGAACCAAGAGUCCAAUUGAUUGUCCAGGACUAAAAGUAGAAACUCAGACCUCAGGCAAUGAAACAGCAUCAGUUAUUCCCAAUGGGCCACAGAAAGGACUUAAUGUUCAGCAACAGUCACCCCAGGUAACAGAGAGCCAUUUUCUUCACACACAACAAGGCUCUAGAGAGGGGGAUCUAUGCAAGAUGAACCUGCAGAGCAUUAAACAGGAACCAAGGGAGUUUCGGUGUGAUGGUGCAGGAGAGGGUGCUGAGAGUGCAGGUCCUAUAAAGCGAGAAGUAACAGGCGACAUGGUUACUUCUGGGAACAACACUUGCUUUAUUAAUGCUGGAGACCCUGGGGCUCAAGGCACUAGAUCUGAGACUGGACAGCAACUACUACAGAAACUCCUGAGAACUAAGAAUCUUCAGGUUGGUGCUCAGAGGCCUCCUGAAGGCAUCCAUAAUGAGAUCAAUGGCCACAUCAACAGUAAACUAGCAAUGCUGGAGCAAAAACUUCAAGGGACUCCACGCAACAUGGAGGACUUGCAGUCUAUAACAAAAAGGGCCCCCGUACAAAAGCCAAAACGCUCUAAUAAGGCAGCUGGAGACCGUGGACCUAACUCACGGAAAAAAAAUAAGAAGGAAGAAGUUGGAAAAAGUGCUGAAGCCUUGAUUAAACAACUCAAACAGGGUCUCUCUCUGCUGCCCCUAAUGGAACCUUCCAUCACUGCUAGUCUGGAUCUUUUUGCCCCUUUUGGAAGCAGCCCAGCAAAUAGAAAAGCUCAGCUCAAAGGAUCUUUUGGAAAUGCAAUGCUGGAUAAUAUUCCAGAUUACUAUACUCAGUUACUCACUAAGAGCAAUCUCAGCAACCCACCGACACCCCCAUCCUCCCUCCCACCUACGCCUCCACCUUCUGUACAGCACAAGCUGCUCAAUGGAGUGACUCCUGGGGAGGAGCUGUCUGAGGGUCAGAAAGAAACCGAGCCAGCAGACGUGCCAAUGGAUUCUGUCACAGAAGAGGUGAAAAGUGUAGACAUUCUAGCAGCUCUCCCCACCCCACCACAUAACCAGAACGAGGACAUCAGGAUGGAGAGUGAUGACGAGGAUGCCCCAGAAAGCAUCAUCCCUGCGUCAUCCCCUGAGAGUAAUGUGGGAGAUGAAACGCCACGUUUCCCUCACCUGCGGGAACCUAAAGAGGAGGAGACGGAGAGAGCAAUAUCCCCCAUCAUCCCACUCAUUCCUCGAACUGCCAUCCCAGCAUUCCCAGAAAACAAACCAUUCGAAGGAGCUGACAGCAAGGCAGUUUCCACAUCCAACCACUGGGAUAAGGCCAAGAGUAACGAGGUGUCUGUUACCUUCACAUUGUCCUCUGCUGCAGCCAAGAAACUGAACCAUGUGAUGAUGGCCAUGGCCCAGCUACUCAAGAUAAGGAUGCCAGUUUCUUAUGAGGUGACUUUCCCUACCCCAAACUCUGACAUGCCUGGAGUGGAUGGGUCUGGAAAAGGACCUGGGCAGUCAGGGGCUCUGUGUGUAAAGGAUGGUGCUUCACCCAGUCAGGAUGACUGGUUAAGGCAAUUCGAUGUGUCUCUACCAGGCUGUACAUUGAAGAAACAGGUGGACAUUCUGGCACUCAUAAAACAGGAAUUCCCAGAGAAUGAAGACAAACCAGUCCAGCACUGUUACACAACCAAGGUAAAUGACUUGGAUGUGCGCCACCUUCCAAUCAUACCAGUGGAAGAAUCUCCACCUCCAUCACCGUCCCCUCCACAUCCUUCCCCAUCUGCCGCAGCUCCAAUUAGUGAAGUCGAACCUUCCAAAAAAUCUGCUUCUCCAUCGCCCUCACCCUCCAGUCCUGUCAAUAUCCAGAUCAAGAUUGAGGCUGAGGAUGUUGAACUUCCUUCUGAUCCUGCUCAGCCAACUGAUGUCACAGAGUCUGAAGUUGCUGCUCCAGAGACAGUCACUGACCCAGUAACUUCCUCUGAAGUUCCUGAUCCUACUUCUGAGACUGAAAAUAAUCUGAGUCCUGUUGCCAAGGAGGAGGACUUGGUCACUGAUCCAGCACAGCCUCCUAAAGAUUCUCCCAACACCAUGGAGUCUUCCCCUAAAGCUAUCAAGCAGCGCAGGCCUCUCUCCCCUGAUGAGGAGGUGGUACACCCCAAAGUGAAAAAAUGGAAGGGGAUUCGCUGGAAGCGUCUUCAGAUUGUCAUCACAAUACGUAAGGGUGGGUCUAAGAAAGAGAACAGCCGUGAGGUGGCUGAGCUGAUGGAACGCUUGCGCAUUACUCUACGACCAGACAGGUUGCCUCGGGAUAAACGUAAGUGCUGCUUCUGCCACGAGGAAGGUGAUGGAGCCACAGAUGGGCCUGCACGCCUGCUUAACAUUGAUGUGGACCUGUGGGUGCACCUCAACUGUGCCCUGUGGUCCACAGAGGUAUAUGAGACACAAGGGGGUGCCCUCAUCAAUGUAGAGGUAGCCCUGCGUCGUGGAUUGCGGACUCUGUGUGCAUACUGCCAGAAAACAGGUGCCACCAACAGCUGCAACAGACUGCGUUGCCCAAAUGUCUACCACUUCGCCUGUGCAAUCCGGGCACGCUGCAUGUUCUUCAAGGACAAGACAAUGUUGUGCACCCAGCAUAAGCUGAAGGGCCCCAGUGAAGACGAACUUAGCACAUUUGCUGUUUUACGGCGUGUCUACAUUGAGCGUGAUGAGGUGAAGCAAAUUGCCAGUAUCUUACAGCGAGGCGACCGCAUCCACCUUUUCCGUGUCGGUGGUCUCAUCUUUCACGCGGUUGGCCAGUUGCUACCAUCCCAAAUGAGCAACUUCCACUCACCCACUGCCAUCUUCCCUGUUGGGUAUGAGGCCACACGCAUCUACUGGAGCACGCGUGUACCCAACAAGCGAUGUCGCUACCGCUGCCGCAUCAGCGAGAAUGAAAGUCAUCCCCUGUUUGAGGUGCGCGUUCUGGAGCACGGCAUGGAGGAUUUACAGUACCGUGACGCUACUCCAGAUGGGAUCUGGAACCGGGUUGUCCAGCAGGUGGCUAAACUCCGAGAUGACUCAUCCAUGUUGAAGCUGUUCACUGAACAUGUCAAAGGAGAGGAGAUGUAUGGCCUCACAGUUCAUGCUGUCAUGCGUAUCACUGAGUCGUUGCCUGGAGUGGAGAACUGCCAGAACUAUGUAUUUCGAUACGGCCGUCACCCACUGAUGGAGCUCCCUCUCAUGAUCAAUCCUACCGGCUGUGCUCGCUCUGAGGCCAAGGUUGCCACACACUGCAAGAGGCCACACACCUUAAAUAGCACCAGUGUGUCAAAGGCCUACCAAAGCACCUUCACUGGGGAGCUCAACACACCAUACAGCAAGCAGUUUGUCCACUCCAAGUCCUCCCAGUAUCGGCGCCUGAAGACUGAGUGGAAGAACAACGUGUAUCUGGCUCGAUCCCGCAUCCAAGGCUUGGGUCUGUACGCUGCCAAGGAUCUGGAGAAGCACACCAUGGUCAUUGAGUACAUCGGUACCGUCAUACGCAACGAGGUGGCCAAUCGCAGAGAGAAGAUCUAUGAGUCGCAGAACCGUGGGAUCUACAUGUUCCGCAUCAACAACGAGCAGGUGAUUGAUGCCACUCUGACCGGUGGCCCAGCUCGCUACGUCAACCAUUCCUGUGCCCCCAACUGUGUUGCAGAGGUUGUAACAUUUGACAAAGAAGACAAGAUUAUCAUCAUUUCCAGUCGCAGGAUCCCCAAGGGAGAAGAGCUGACCUACGACUACCAGUUUGAUUUCGAAGAUGAUCAGCACAAGAUCCCUUGCCAUUGUGGAGCCUGGAAUUGCAGGAAGUGGAUGAACUAACAAGGAGAAAGACAAAAAAAAAAAAAAAGGAUAAUUCCCCUCUCACUGGUGCCAGAACACUCCUGCGCCAAAGCCUUUGAAUCUUACAUAGCCAGUGCAUAAGCUGUUCUGAAAGAUGUGGAGGAAGGCUGGCCUCCAUCAUUGAAAGACUAAAGCAUUGACAUCUGUAGCCAAAGGUUUGAAGAGCAUUAAUCAAUAAAAGCACCCGACCACCUUCACCAACAGCAGCUUUGAUGGUGGGCCUAACUUUCAUGUUUGGACUAUCCUUUUCCUCAGCCAAAACCCUUUCCCCCUUCGACUGUUCUCAAUAAGCUUACAGUGGCUGGAAAACAAUCCUCAACAUCUACCAAAUGAUUCUGACCCUCUGAUCUCAAUACUCAUAGCGCUGAGCUCACCUGGAGCUUCGACAAAAAGCCAUUUUAAAAUACUAAGAAUGAACUAAUAAUGCAUUUUUAUGUUUUAAGUCGGACCUAUUUCCUGUCCCACCCGACCACACCUCCCCCCUCACCUCCCAGAAAAAGGCACUUUCCCCAUCAAGUCAUCAAUGAAGACAACACGGAUAUUGGCUAGCUAGACAAUCUUGAUGUGGCUCUGUGUAAGAACUGCAUAUGAUCGAUGGAAAAAGUUAAUAUAACAUUUAAGAUGCUAUUGAUCUGUGGCUCCAGAGGCACCAGAUGUUCUGACUGCGUGGAGUCCUAAGGUGGGUUAGUUGGACCCAGUCUACCUCAUUGAUUUAGCGGGAAGUGACUGCUUUGUAUAAAUAAUAAAAAAAAAAAAACUGUUAACUGCUACUGUGGAACAGGGGGGGGAAAGGGGGAAUGUUUUUAUGGGCUUAGCCUUCUCGGACAAGCAGGGAAUCUUAAGCAGCAGGUUUGCUCUAUCUACUCUAUGCUGAUGAUGAUUUACAAUAAUGAGCCAACAUAAUUAUUAUUCAUGAAUUAUUUAUACAGAGGAAAUAUAUGUCAGUUUUGAUAAGAUAUUGCAUUAAAAUCACAAUCAGAAGCUUAGCGGGUGUCCUGUAUGCCACCAAAUCAUCCUGGACAUUGAUGUAGCUUUUCUUUUUCCUUUUUUUUUUUUUUUUUUUUUUGCUUUUUAUUUAUGCGUCUAAAAAAACCAUGCUAUUAGCUGUGUGAAAGCACAAGAACAUCCACCUUUUUUAAGUUGCUUAAGACAGUAAUGGUGUGAGUGAAUGGCUCUAGGAUUUACAGGACACUUGGCCUUUUUAAGAAGACUAUGAAGUCCCGAAAUUUAACCAACUACACAUUUGCUUGUUGCUUCAUACAUUGAAGUUCCACUUGUUGAAAAACCAGCCGGUGGAUGCAUGACUACUGUCCCAUUUUUGAUGCUUUUUAUUCCCCAACAACUCAAAUCUUUUCACAACUCAACCUUAAACUUUGAAUCAUGCCUCUUCCUAUCUGUAUUAUUUAGUGGACUGUUGUUAAACUUUACUGUAGUAAGUCUUCCUCUGCCUGAGUACAGCCUGCAGUGUUUCUACUCCCCCCCCCCCCCUGUAGUGUGCUUUUUCUAGUGCUGGUACUGUCCUCUCGAGGCUGAACUGACGGCAGGGAAAGACUUAUUGGAUAAAAGGGCAUUUGUUUUCAUUUCUAUGUAAGAUGAAUGAAAAAAAAAAAGUCUUUAAAGGGAGCUUUACUAAAACUCCACCUUCCCAUACUACUUUAUUUCCUCCUUCCCCUAACCUAAGACCUCACAUGAUUUAAAAAUGCAAAAUUGUACAAACUGUAUAUAUAGUAUAUGCAUUAGGGGGACAGCAACUCUUUAUCCAGCCCCUUUGUAAUCAAUAAAGUCAAAAAGUGUAGAGAAAUAAAAUUGAAGAAAAAAAAUCUACCACUGGAUAUCAUUUUAACAAAGAUAAAGCUGUAUAUAAAUAUAAAUAUAUGUAAAAUGGCAAACUAAUAUCUUUAUGUAUAUGAACCAGAGUGUUUUGCAUUUACCUGUUUUUCUAUUAGUGUUUUUUGCUAUAAGCUCUCAGAGACAAGUUUGUUAAAAUAGGUAUGAGAAAAUGUCUGGUCUUCUCCAAUCACUUUGCGAUGAGAAGCCGCGGUAACUACAAAACUGUUUGCGAAAGGAUUCAUGUGGAGAGUCGUUAAUUAGACAUGAAAAUCACUUCUUGCAUAAAACAGUACAAUGGUGCAUAGCAUUUGUAUUUAUGUAAUAUUGUUCGUGUUUUUUUUUUUUCUUUUUAUUUAUGCUACUGCUUGUCGAUUACCAAAACCUGUCCCUUAAUUGGUUACAAUUGGAUUAAUAUACUCUUGAAUGGAAAAUCUUGAAUUCCCUAGAAUAUUGUUAGUGUUUUGCUUUUUUAUAUCUUCCUUAUAGAAGUGAAUGUGUUGGUAAACCUUGUGAAAUGGUUACUUGGCCUAAUGUAUGUUAUGAUGUAAUACUCAAAGUUAAUCCCAUACUUAACCUGGUAAUGAAUUGCACUCUGAUAGUAUAAUGGAGAACUUCUCUAAAGUGGUAGAUAUUGAUCAAGUAUCCGAAGCAGUGAUAUAUAUAUUUUUUCGUAUGUUUCUAUUUCAAGGGAAGACCAUAACGAGACAUUAUGCCGCUCACUGGAUUUUAGCCUGAAUAAUUUUUAACUUCUCAAUCUUAAUUUAAGUUCUCUGCAUAUCUUAUAAUUUAAUAAAAGUUUGCUCAAAAUUGAAGGUUUUUUUUAACCUCACCUACUUUUUAAAAAGAUGUUGCAUCUGUACAGCAGAGAUACUUUUAGGGAAUAUGAAUAAAUAUAAUGAUCAUUUUUAAUUGUAUGUGGCAUGUUUUGUAUGGAUAUUAUUUUGAAUUGUACAUAUUUUUUUCAGGACGCCAGAGGUUGCAUCUCUUUAUAUACAGCUUUCCACUCCCUCUCCCUAUCAUCUUCUUUCUUUGUCUGCUUUUGUUUCUUGUAAAAGGAAAAUAAAAUG